AUGACAGAUACAUCGGAUGUAAAAAAGAUGUAUGAAGAUAUGUUUGCUGAUCGCUUCACAGAACGGGACGAGGAGUAUCAGGAAUAUGUGAAAGCGCCGGAGAGCCAGCCUCCCCCUUGUCGAAGAAUGGUGGGGGGGGCACCAAAGAAACCAGGAUAGGUACCGAGAUAACCGGCGCCACCGCGGCUGGGAUAAUAGGCGGGAUUCGUACAACAGCUAUAACCAGCACCACGGAGGGAGGGGCUGGGGUAACAGCCAAUCCCAAUACCGCCAGGAGCGCUCUCACUAUCACCAGGACAGACACCACGCCUACAAUUCCGGCAAUCAGAGAUAUCAGCCGUAUCGCUAA